CAUCCACAUGCACGCAUUCAUUGCCAUCCCAAUUCAACACCCCGCCCCCCUAAUGCCAUCGCCCUCGCCCGGUAGUACUACAAGAGCCGCAGAAGCAACCGUUGCUCCUCCUCCACAGGGACAGGGGUCGCAGUAGUGGUAGAUAGGACAAGAAGUUGGAGAUCGAGAAGGUCUAGGAACCAACAGGCAUGGCCAUGGAGAUGGGCAGGAGCUGGCAGGAGCUCGGCGUCGUGGACACCAUCUACGAGGACGACCACGAGGAGGAAGACGAGGAGGAGGAGACGGAGGACUGCUUCAACUCGCCCACCAUGUCCUCCUCCGCGCCCACGUCGGCGUCCUGCUCGCCCGCGGCGCCGUCCGCCUCCUCCUCCCUCCCGCCGGCGCUCAGGACCGCGGUGCAAGGAUGGUCGCGGGCGAAUGGAUCGCGCAAGCCGGACGUGAUCGUGCGUGUCCAAGAACACUGCUUCCAUCUGCACAGGGACCCGAUCACGUCGGAGAGCAGCUACCUGAAGCGGCAGCUGUCGGAGUGCAGCGACAUCGCCGUGGACCUACCGGCAGGCCUCACGGUCGACGCGUUCGCCGACGCCGUGGCUUCCUGCUACGGCGCCGACUUGGCGCUGUCGCCGGACAACCUCGCCGCGGCGUGGGCGGCCGCGGACUGGCUGGAGCUGACCGCGGAGGACGGGCUGGCACGCCGCGCCGAGGACUACUUCUUCGAGGAAGUGGCCACGGACCACGGCCUCGCCGCGGCAGUGCUGCGGUCGUGCGCGGCGUUCCUCGGCGGCGAGGUCGCCGGGGCCGGCGCGGGGCUGCUCGUGCGGUGCCUGGAGACGCUCGCGGCUUCCGGCGGCGCCGACAGCAGGUGGCUCGAGGACGUGGCCGCGCUGCCGCUCGAGGAGUUCCAGGUGGUCGUGGAGGGCAUGCGCGCGCGGCUCGCGCACGACCACGACCUCAUGUACACCAUCGUGGAUCACUACCUCGAGAACCACAAGGGGAAGCUGACGGAGGAGGAGAAGAGCCGGCUGUGCUACAACGUGAACUGCGCCAAGCUGUCGCACCACCUCUUCAUGCACCUCGUGCAGAACCCGCGGCUGCCGCUCCGCUUCGUCGUCCAGGCCAUGCUCGUCGAGCAGCUGCACUCCCACCACUCCAUGCUGCUCACCCAGCACCACCACGCCGCCGCCGCCGCGGCUCCCGCCUCCGCCGCGCCGCUGCCGUUGCCGCCUGGGCUACAUAAGAGGGCCAUCUCCGGCGCGUUCAGCAGCGCCGUGGCCGCCGCGACCGCCGGGGACGCCGCCAACAUGACGCUCGGCGACAUCCUGCAGCGCGACGCGGUGCUGCGCCAGUCCGCGCACAUCCGCGCAUCCAUGGAUGCCACGGGGCACCGCAUCGACACCCUCGAGCGCGAGCUCGCCGGUCUCCGCUGCCGCCUGCGCCGCUCCGAGCAGGCCGCGGCUGCUGCCACGGCCUCGGCAGCCAUCGACCGCGUGUCCGCCAAGUCGGCCAGCUUCCGCAUUCCGCGCAGCCGGCUCUGGAACGGCGAGGACCUCUCGUCCAGCACCGCCACCACCGGCCGCUCCGCCGCGAAGGGCAACCUUAGCCUCAAGUCACGUCUGGUGCACGGGUUCAAGAGCCUGUUCGGCCGGAGGCCAGGGAACGGUGUCGCGCUGCCGCCCGCGAGGAGUGAUGACGCCGGCACUGACGUCCGCGUCGGCGAGAAAGGCGCGUGUGCGUCAUGUCCACCGGAGCCGGAGGACGGCUACGACAAGGAGCUGCGCAAGGAGGAGUGGAGUGCUCGGCCUCACCGGAGGAACCUGUCCAUGGUGUGACCAGUCGAUGCACCGCGAGAAGCCGAGCGAUCAGCGGCAAACGGUGCACGCCGCAUACUUGUUGCGGGCUUUGGGGUGCUUAAUCAUGGCCGCACCAAAGAAUCAAGAACCCACGCACCCGUAACGAACAUUGUACCGCGCCGCUAGGCCCUCGCCAAACUAUCAUCAAAGAGAACCCUCUGGCUUGUCAA